CAACCACAGGUCGUGCAGAGUGUACGCCGUCGCCGAAGUGCCAACAAGUCGAGACAGCCCAGAUUCAGCAAUCACUACGCGGGGAAUGUCACGGGAGCCGGCAGCCUCUCCGCCCAUAACUCCGCAUCACCCCCGAAGCUCCAGCGGUGGACAGAUGCGGUCGCAAGACCUGCCUGCAACCUGAGGCCAACAACCACACAUUGGCGACCUCCAGAUUCUCACUAUGCCCGGCUUUCGCCGCUGGGGCAAGUCGAAAUUCGAGAAGAACCCCGAGUCGUCGUUCAAGCUUCUUGCUGCCGUCUUGGUCAUUACCUUCUACCUCCUGAUCAAAGAGUUCUCGAACCCAACCAUUCGGACACGCGACGUGCCUGCAUAUGGCGCGCAGAUACAACAUACGGCAUGGAACGGUACGGGCAAGGCGCAGGAGACGAGAGCGGGCAAAGUGCGCAGUGCGAUGAAGUACACGUACUGGAAAUACAGAGAGAGCGCGUGGGGCGCAGACGACAUAUUGCCUGUUUCAGGAGGCAACUCAAGCACUAGAAAUGGUUGGGGCGCAUUCAUCGUGGACUCUGCAAGUACAUUGGCGCUCAUGGAGCUCUGGGAUGAGCUUGCGCAUUCGGUGGAGCACAUCCUCGGCAUCGACUUUACGCAUACAGAGGAUUUGGUUGAUCCAUUCGAGACUGCAAUUCGGUACCUCGGUGGCCUGCUAUCGAUUGUGGAACUGUACGAUGUUGGCAAGAUUCCGGAGGAUGUCCUGCACGGCGAAGCGCGCGAUCUGAUACUCGAACAUGCUGUAACUUUGGCCGAGAAGCUUGGCCCCGCAUACGACACACCCACAGGCAUGCCGUGGCCGCGUGUGGACUUCAAGAAAUCACGAGGUGUGGCAGACCCGCCGUUCGUACACGUCGAGCACCCCGACAAGCCACAGUACGCGCAUCCUGCAAUUGGGCCUGCGCGAACAGGAUCCUCGAUCCUCGAGAACCGCGUCCUGACGAGGCUGACCGGUGACCCAAUCUACGCAAAGAACUCAACACUUGCAUGGGCCCCUCUGGUAUGGUCAAAGUGGUCGACUCCGUGGAAGGGAAUGAUUGACGCACCAAUCGACAUCACGACCGGUGCACCAGUCGGUCGCGACAGGCAUUGGGACGGCGGUCACGACUCAUACUAUGAAUAUCUUCUCAAGAUCACGCUUCUUGCACCACCGUCUGAGCCUCAUGUUGGCACAUACAAGGCACGCUUCCUAGAGUCUGCCUACUCAUUACGGAGGCGCCUCAGCACACGAUCUGCAUCCGCACCUGAUCAUGCUAUGCAACAUCUAUUCAUAGGAAAGCAAGACGGCAAACAGUACCACAAUGAGCAAGGUCAUCUUGCAUGCUUUGCGCCCGGCACCAUCCUGCUUGGUUCUAAAUACUAUGAUCAGCCAUACCUCAGAACAUUCGCGCUUGCCCUGUUAGAGGGCUGUCGUCAUACAUAUACUUCCACACCGUCUAAGAUUGGCCCUGAAAACUGGUCGUGGACACCGAAGUUCAGCUACGACGAACCGUUCUACUCACCUGACACAAGUCGUGCUAAGAAAGAGUGGUCAGAAAGCGGCUUCUGGAGUACCAGCCCGCAGUACAAGGGCCGACCGGAGUAUGUCGAGUCGUUGUUCUACGCCUGGCGCAUCACCGGUGAGCCGCGGUUCCGCGACUGGGCGUGGGAGGCCUUCUCGGCUAUGGAGACACAUUGCAAAGCACCGUACGGAUAUGCGCAGCUUGCGGACGUUUACAGAGUACUGCCUGCAGAGUGGCCCGGCGCAGGCGAGACAAGAUGGAUCGAUAUGCAGGAGAGCUUCUGGGCAGCCGAGACGCUCAAAUACCUCUGGUUAACAUUCACGGACGUCGAAACCGCCAGUCUCGAUAACUGGGUCUUCAGCACCGAGGGACAUGUGUUUAGAAUGAUUAGAUGAGCCGGACACCAAUACGACUCGAAUACGAAGAUGCUUACCAACGUGUGGGGUGGUGUAAAGUCCAAGCGAAGAUGUAUUGACCGCUAGCGUGGUAGCACAAGACAUGCGUCGGGCUAUAUAUACGCCGCAAACCGCCUCCUUUCACAUCAGCUGUAUAACAGUAUCAACCAACGGCGUUGUGGCGGAGUGGUUAUCGCGCAAGACUAGAAAUCUUGUUCCUUCGGGAGCGUAGGUUCGAAUCCUGCCAACGUCGUCUUUUUGCGGUUUCAGAGUGUCUGAGCGAGUCUUGAGUCUCUCAGGAGACCCGCAAUGUUUUUGACGGGACCUGCCAAGGACCGAGCUGCCGAGGCCGUCGCGUCGUCGCGCUGUAACCCUCAAGAUCAAGCUGCAGCAGUCGCACUCUAAUCACCCAACAUGCCGCCUCGUCCGUUUCCGUUCCCAAUGCGUAUCGGCAAUGACCUUUGCAACAUUCCACGAAUAAGGAAGCUGAUCACAG